AGGCCCACUACCGAAUCAAAAAGCCACGUGUGUAAGUUUCACCACCCCGACAAAAAAAAGCCCUUAAUAUAACGCCUCUGCAAAAAUCGAAUCAGCAACUAGUUUUGCCCUUCUCCGCGGCGCACCUCCGUUGCAAACGGCGGCGCUAAUUUAACGGAACAUUAAGAAGCUUCUAGAAAUGCCGAAGAAGAGCAACGGAAAUUCAAGCAACCACGACGGAGACGAACGGGAGAUCUUCGUCGUAUCAUCAUCCAGUACCGAAUCACAAAGCGCCGACGCCGUACACAAGUAUGUAAGCGAUACGGACGAAGAAAACGACGUCGUACAGAAUGUUGACAAGGAGUAUGUAAGCGAUACUGAUGAAGAAGAAGAAGAAAAAGCGGUGGAAGUAGAGAAGAAGGUUUAUAAAAGGAAGGAGAGGAAAAGAGAUGAAAACGAAGCGAAAAAGGUGAAGAAAAUAGUGGAUAGUAGUGAGAGUGAAAACCUAAAAACGUAUAUGAGAAAGAAGAAGAUCAAAAAUGGAGAGGAGGUUGAAAAUGUCGCUGCGAAAAGCAGCAAAAAGGAGAAAAAUAUGAAGGAGAAGAAUGAAAAAGAUUCGGGGAAAACAGUGUUUGGUAAGAAGGAAAAAACAGGUAAAACGGCGAAGAACAAUGGAGAUUCUAGUCGUGGAGGCAAAAAUGAAAAGAAUAAUAAGAAGAAGGAUGAGAGGAAGGAAGCAGAUGGAGAAAGAAAAGUAGCAAAAAAGGCGAAAAGCAAUGGAGGUGAAAAUGAGAAAGAUGAGAACAACAACAAGAAGAAGAAAAGAGUAGAAGAAGGAGGAGGAGGAGGAGGAAAAUCAGCAAAAAAGGCGAAAAGCAAUGGUGUUUUGAGUCCAUUGAAAAAAGAAGAGAAAAACAUGAAGAAGACACAAAAUAAGAAUCAAAAUGGUGGUUCUAGUAAUGGAGGUGAAAAUGAGAAGGAUGAGAACAACAACAAGAAGAAAAGGGAAGAAGAAGGAGGAAAAUCAGCAAAAAAGGCUAAGAGCAAUGGUGUUUCGAGUCCGUUGAAAAAAGAAGAGAAAAAGAUGAACAAGACACAAAAUAAGAAGGAAGGAGAUAAAGAGGCUGAAGAAAAGCUAGUGAAAAAGUCAAAUAGUAAUGGAGUUGCAAGUCCAGCUACAAAGGAGAAAAUGAAAAAGGAGGGCAAAACAAAUAAUGUGAAGGUGAAAAAUGAAGCAACGACCAAUGGUACUCCCAAAAAAAAAGAGGAGAAGAAAUUAAAGUCAAAGAACAAAAGGGAGGAUGACGAUGAAGAGGAGGAAGAUGAGAAGAGUGAGAGUACUCUUUAUCAAUUUCCUCAUAAUCGAAUCCAUCGUAUGAUAAAGGAUGAAAAUCCUGAUAUUAGGAUGUCGAACGAAGCAACCUUUGUUAUUAACAAAGCUACGGAGAAAUUUCUUGAAGUAUUUUGCAGGGAGGCUUAUGCUUGUUCUUUUCUGGAUCGCAACAAUUAUGUUGGAUACAACCAUUUGUCUUCAGUUGUUUCCAAAAGACCCAGAUUUGACUUUCUUUCAGAUUUUGUUCCCCAGAAAGUGAGAGCGGAAGAUGCUUUGGCUGAAAUCCCCAAGGCUGAGGAGACGUGAUCACGCUGAUCCAGAGUUGAUGCCUUAUACAAUUUAUUGUUGUUCUUACAAGACAACCUCUUUCUGCACCAGCUAUUGAGGGUAGUGACAUAGUUUUCAGAUUUGCUUCAUUAGAAUUACCGUGUUCGUAUUAAAUAGAUGAUAUAGGGAGAGAAGGUUAGGGAAAGGGGAAAAAAAACUGGGAUUUAAAUGGGGCAGUCUUGUUCUAAUCAAAUUGGUUUCCUAUUUGUGCAGCUUUUGUCUGUAAAUAAACAUGUACUUUCUGUGAACUAUUGCACGUUUAGCUAGACUUAAAUGAUAGUUGUUGACAAGUUCUGAUCAGUUAAUCGUGCGUAAAUGCAUUUAGAUCAUAAUGUCAUAUUUGUAGGUAAACCCUCAUUGUGAUGCUGUGCAUCUGCGCCUCUAUUAAGAGACAUGUCUAAAGCUUAAUCUGAUGAAUAAUGGAUUUAAUGCGCAGCUUAUUUUUUAA